AUGACACAAGGGAGGCAGUCGACCCUUGGCAAAUUCCUCGGGAGCAAACAGAACGGCAACAAAUCAAAAACCCAGUCUACUCUCUCGUUCAACCAAAAGUCAACUCCCAAUGGUAAAAAGGAGGACGAUCCACCCAAAGAGGAGAAUGAUGUGACUCUAGAUCCGGAAAAGGGACACGCGGACGACGUCGAGAAUAACAAGGGAGAAAGCAACACUUCCCCGAGCAGAAAGCACAAGCUAGAGUCCACAGAAGAGGACGAGGAGUCUGAUGAUGAGCCUGUGGUCAAGAGACGGAGGCGAAAUUCUGCGUCCAAAGAUAAGCCCAAGGCAUCCCCAAAGACAAAUGGUGUCUCAAGAACGGAUUCCGACCCCGACACCGAAAAGACGUCUUCGAAACCGGUCAAGCCACAACAAGAGGAACCAGAACCAUCAGAUCGUGCUAGCAGUGUAUCAGAAGCUGAAGAUGAUGUCUCUGCAAGUGAAGAUGAAAACCCCAAGGUUGACAAAAAGCAAGUGGCCAAAAUUCAAGCCACCAUCAAAUCAACAGGGAAAGAUCCUUAUCCUGAUUGGAAGGCCGGUGAGCCCGUACCAUACGCGGCACUGUGUACAACCUUUUCUUUGAUCGAACUCACUACCAAGCGUCUCCAAAUCACGGCCUACUGUUCAGCCUUUCUCCAGCAAGUACUCCGAUUGACCCCACAAGAUCUCCUGCCUACGAUUCAACUUAUGCUGAACAAGCUCGCCGCCGACUACGCGGGCAUCGAACUUGGAAUAGGGGAAUCGCUGAUCAUGAAAGCCAUCGGAGAGAGUUCUGGCCGUUCGUUAUCGGUCAUUAAGGCGGAUCACCAAAAGAUUGGUGACCUUGGUCUGGUUGCAGCCAAGAGCAAAUCUAAGCAGAGCCAGAUGUUCAAACCCAAACCGCUGACUGUCCGCGGUGUCCAUCAGGGAUUACUCGAUAUUGCCAAGAUGGAAGGGCAAGGUUCACAAGAUCAGAAAGUUCGAGCCAUCAAUAAGCUCAUGGCAUCUGCAGAUGUCUCAUCCACGAGUAAAACCGUCGAUAUCACCAAGGACAAAGGAGGUCCUUCCGAAGCCAAAUUCUUGGUUCGUUUCCUGGAAGGAAAAUUGAGACUGGGCCUUGCGGAGAAAACAGUCAUCAUUGCAUUGGCACAGGCCGUCGUCACUCACGAGGCGACGAAGGAGGGCAAGGUUCCUACUACGGAUCAAUUGGCGCAGGGAGAAGCUGCCUUGAAAAUGGUUUACAGCCAGCUGCCAUCCUACGAAGUCAUCAUUCCAGCAAUGCUGGAACAUGGCAUUUUCCACUUACACGAGACGUGCAAGUUGCAGCCAGGGGUGCCCCUGAAACCCAUGCUUGCCAAACCAACCAAGGCAAUCACUGAGGUGCUUGAUCGCUUCGAGGGCAAAACCUUCACAUGCGAAUAUAAAUACGAUGGGGAGCGUUCUCAGAUCCACUACAUUGCCCCGGAAGCCAUUUCCGAAUACCCAGCGGCGCAGAAUACACUGACCAAAGAUCCAAAGGCAUUCAAAGGUCUGGCAGCCGUGUUCUCGAGGAAUUCUGAGGAUCUGUCCAAAAAGUACCCCGACAUCCUGGAGAAACUCAAUACGUGGAUCAAGCCCACAACGAAGAGUUUUGUGCUGGACUGUGAAACCGUCGCCUGGGACCCUCAAAACAAGAAAAUCCUACCGUUCCAGCAACUUAUGACCCGGAAGCGCAAAGACGUCAAGACAUCUGAGGUCACGGUCAAAGUCUGUGUCUUUGCCUUCGACAUGCUCUUUUAUAACGGUGAAGCGCUUGUGCAGAAAACAUUCCGUGAGAGACGAGACUUACUACAUGACGCCUUCGUGCCAGUAGACGGCGAAUUCCAAUUUGCCCAAUACGGCGAUGCGAAGGAUGUCGAAGAGAUUCAGCAUCUACUCGAUGAUGCUGUCAAAGCAUCUUGCGAAGGCUUGAUGGUGAAGAUGCUCGACACGGAAGAAUCGGCUUACGAGCCUUCGAAACGCUCGAGAAACUGGCUCAAAGUGAAGAAGGACUAUCUCUCUACCACAGGCGAUUCUUUGGAUCUUGUGGUUCUAGGGGCUUACCACGGCAAAGGUAAGCGCACAUCCUGGUAUGGUGCUUUCCUUCUUGCCGCAUACAAUCCAGAGACCCAAAAUUUCGAAACGGUUUGCAAUAUUGGCACCGGUUUCUCUGAGUCCCUGCUCGAGGAGCUUGCCAAGCAGCUCUCCGAAAUAGUGAUUGAGCGCCCUAAACCCUUCUACUCUCAUUCGACCGUCAAAAAUGACCAGCCAGAUGUUUGGUUCGAGCCGCGGCAUGUCUGGGAAGUAAAGACUGCGGAUCUUACGUUGAGUCCCAGAUACCGGGCCGCAAUUGAGGAGAUGGGCGGCAAGAACGGAAUAAGCCUCAGAUUUCCCCGGUUCAUCCAGCGAAGAGACGACAAGAAGCCGGAGGAGGCGACAACAAGCGCGGACGUAGCAGAGAUGUACAGGAAACAGGAGGUGGUGCAGAAGGAACAGUCGGGCAAGACUGGAGUGGAUGACGACUUUGAGUAUUAA